AUGAAGUUGCUUGCUGUAAUCGUAAUUGUUAUAGUGACAAAUAGGCUCGGAACAGCCGAUAAAGAAAGAAAGGAAAGUACAGAAUUAUCGCGUGCUUUAGAUGACCGGCCACUAUUGUUUGCUACUUUAGGAGGUGGUAUGGUGGCAGUGGAACCCGUUUCAGGAAACAUCAUUUGGAAACUGAAAGAUGAACCUGUAGUAAAGGUGCCCAAUCAAGAUGCGAAUCUCAUGCCGCAAUUUCUGCCCGACCCCCGCCACGGAUCACUUUACAUGUACGGACCGAGGGGCGAUAAGCAGAUGCUGAAAAAGUUGCCGUUUACAAUCCCGGAGCUGGUCGCGAACGCCCCCUGCCGAUCCACCGACGGCAUAUUAUAUACAGGCAAGAAGAGUGAUACGUGGUUUAUGCUUGAUCCGUUGACUGGUUCGCGGGAGCAUAUUUCUGGUUUCGAUAAGACGAAAAUUUUUGAUAGUAAAGAUGAAAACACCUGCGAGACAGAUAAAAAGAGGGCCGUGUACGUCGCUCGAACCGAAUACAACAUUCUUAUGCACGAUUCUAAGAAUGAGAAUCAUCGGUGGAAUGUGACAUUCUUCGAUUAUACAUCGCACGCUAUGGGCAAAGAGAUGUUGAACGAUUAUGGUAUAAUUCACUUUACCUCGACGUCAAGCGGUCGCAUUAUGUCAUUUGAUCGCAAGACCGGAGACCUGGUCUGGUCUCACAACUUUGAGACUCCUGUAGUAGCUGCUUAUUUGUUAGACAGACAAGGCCUGAUCACUGUCCCUUUUAAUUCUAUUGGCGACGACACCCUCGAUCAUAUUUUGGAAGAUGCCACUACCCUGAGAAACGGGCAAGGAAUUAAGAACUCUAACAUUGAAUUGUUCCCAACUUUAUACAUAGGAGAACAUAAUCAUGGCCUUUACGCUUUGUCAUCACUGGUAGAUAAAAACACUGUGACGAUAUCAACAGGCUUAACCCAACCGCUGCUUCUAGAAGGUCCCGUUACAGAGAGUCAAGCGAACGCCGAAGCACCAAAAUAUGAGCCUUUCGCGAAUAUUCAUUACAAACUCAACGACUUGAACCUGCACGUAUCCCCACCGUAUCUUCUACUAGGGCACUAUAAAGUGCCAGAGUUGACCACGUCUUGGAUGCCCCAGCUACCAACAGCCACCUUCUUGAAGAUGCCAGAAAUGCAGAACAACGCAAUAAAGCUUAUCAAUGGCCAAGUGCACACAGAAACAAAGGACGUGGAGAAUGAAACGAAUCUAAAAUCGAAUUCCAUAUCAGUUUCCGUGCAAACUGACGAUUUGUUCGAAGUUUUAAACUUCAGGCCUGAUUUAUGGUAUAAGCAGGGCUAUAUCUGGCUUCAUCAGCAAGAGAACAAGGCUCUUAAAGUGGCGUUGAUUAUUCUAGUGGGAUUAGUCUUUACCAUGUUUUGGUACCUGAGGUAUCAGGCAAGAGAAUUUCAGCAGCUUUCGCAAGGUGGAUCGCGGGGUUCCAAUGUAUCCACUACAUCUUCUCAGGGUGAAGCAACAGGUCAGCUUGUAGAUCUCGGCGAAGGCGAGGUCCGCAUUGGCAAAAUAACUUUUCACACCGAUCAAGUGCUAGGAAAGGGCUGCGAAGGAACUUUUGUGUAUAGAGGUAUGUUUGACAAGCGCGCUGUAGCUGUGAAACGUCUGCUGCCAGAAUGUUUUACAUUUGCCGACCGCGAGGUGGCGCUUCUGAGGGAGUCGGAUGCGCAUGCGCACGUUGUACGUUACUAUUGCACGGAGCGGGAUAAGCAGUUUAGGUAUAUAGCGUUAGAACUGUGCUCAGCAACUUUACAAGACUACGUUGAAAAAAAAUUAAAUUACGAAUGCAAGAUAGACGCGGUCGAAGUGUUACGGCAGGCUACUAUGGGAUUGUCACAUUUACAUUCUAUGGAUAUAGUGCACAGAGACAUUAAACCUCACAACGUCCUGUUAUCAAUGCCGACUGGGUCAGGUGAAGUCAGAGCUAUGAUCUCAGACUUUGGUCUUUCGAAGAAGUUAAAUAUAGGACGAGUCAGCUUCUCACGUCGCUCUGGAGUAACUGGAACCGACGGUUGGAUCGCGCCCGAAAUGAUCAACGGUGAACGAACGACCACCUCGGUAGACAUUUUUUCGUUGGGCUGUGUGUUCUAUUACGUGCUAUCUUCCGGACAUCACCCGUUUGGAGACGUGUUAAGGCGGCAAGCGAACAUACUGACUGGUGAUUACAGUUUAGAACAACUAGAUAAAAUUUUACCGGAGGAAGAGUUGCUAGUGACGAAAGUUCUAAUACGCGCAAUGAUAUCGAAUAGACCGCAUUUGCGACCGCCCUGCGAGACUAUACUCAAAUAUCCAAUGUUUUGGGGCAAGCAGUGCAUACUUAACUUCCUUCAGGAUGUGAGCGACCAAGUGGAGAGUUGCACGUGGGACGGUACGGAGCACCCGCUGGAGACUGGAGCGGCGCGCGUGGUGCGUGGAGACUGGCGCGCGCACGUGAGCGCGGCCGUCGCCGGCGACCUGCGCGCGCGCCGCACGUACCGCGGCGACCGCGUGGCGCACCUGCUGCGCGCCGUGCGCAACAAGAAACAUCACUACAGGGAGUUGGACCCAGAAGUCCGCGAGAGCCUGGGCAAACUGCCAGAGGGUUUCGUCACAUAUUGGCUACGUCGGUUCCCGCUGCUGCUACCACACGUCUGGCUGCAAAUGCAACAAUUCAGACAAGAAGAUAUCUUGCACACAUAUUACCCUCAUACUUUCACAUUUAAUAGAGACGAUGUUUUCGAAUUAAACGAUGACUAUGACUAUGUAGAUGAAUUACCUUUAGAGUACUGUGAUCCAGAGAAAAAUGAAUUGUUCGUAAAGAGCAGAGUUUACGUUGAAGAGAAAAAAGAACCUGAAAGAUAUUACAGGUAUAAGAAAGAUGGCUCUCCGAGGAAAAUAACUGAUUGGAGGAGUGAGCAAGCUUCAGAAUUAAGGUUACGACAAGACGACGUCAGAUUGAGAGACAGGCAUUACAAGAAGAGGGAGAAGAAGAAGGAAGAGAUUCCUGUAUGGUGUUUACCCCCACAGUAG